AUGCACUAUGUCCAGGAUAAGGUGUUUGUGGGUCUGGACCAGGCGCUGCAGGGCUUCAAUGUGAAGGAGCGUGUGGAGGGCCCGAGCUGCUCGUUCCUGCAGCACAUCCAGGCCGAGACCGGGGCCAAAGUCUUCCUGCGGGGGAAAGGCUCCGGCUGCCUGGAGCCCGCGUCCGGGAGGGAGGCCUUCGAGCCCAUGUACAUCUACAUCAGUUACUAUGGAUGCUUUAUUGUCAUAACAUUCACCUUUAUUGAUCUCCUUUUCCUUCUCUUUGCAGUGAAUUUCGAUCACUUUCAAAUCCUGCGAGCCAUUGGGAAAGGCAGCUUUGGGAAGGUGUGUAUCGUGCAGAAGCGGGACACAGAGAAGAUGUACGCCAUGAAGUACAUGAACAAGCAGCAGUGCAUCGAGCGGGACGAGGUCCGCAACGUGUUCCGAGAGCUGGAGAUCCUGCAGGAGAUCGAACACGUGUUUCUAGUCAACCUCUGGUACUCGUUCCAGGAUGAGGAGGACAUGUUCAUGGUUGUGGAUCUGCUGCUGGGUGGAGAUCUGCGCUAUCACCUGCAGCAGAGCGUGCAGUUCGGGGAGGACGCGGUGAAGCUGUACCUGUGUGAGAUGACGCUGGCGCUCGACUACCUGCAGAGCCAACACAUCAUACACCGGGACAUCAAACCUGACAACAUCCUGCUGGACGAGCAAGGUGAGACACAUGUGUGUGUGUGAUUGUAAGAGAGAGAAAAGUUCAAGGAGACACGUGGAGAUCUGAGGACACGCUGUUCCACUAAACACCCCUGAUCUUCCCUUUUUAGAAAGAGCAAAUUAUUGUGCACAUUAGACUCCUGCAGUCAUUCAGCGAAUCCUCUGAGUCACAGCAGGAAUAAUAUCGCAACACCCUAGCAAAACCCCUCUAGAAACACCACAAAAACAAGUCAUACAGAAUAACACCCUAGCAACAACACAAAACACAACAGAAACACCUUAGCAACGGCCAAGGGCACAGCUGAAAGAUGCUAGAAACAACCCAGGACACACUAGAAACACACAAUCUGUGAUCCAGAACACCCUAGAAACACUCCAUCUGAAAAGUGAACACCUUUCCAACACCCAUAACAUCUUAGAAACACUCUAACAACAAUCCAGCAACACAAUAACCUUAAACACAGUGAAAACAAGUGACACAGAAUAACUUGACAACUGCCCAUAACACUGUAGAAACACCCUAGCAACAACCCAGCACACCACUAAAACAUUCCACUGUAAAUAACCCAAAAACACACUAAUAAAACCCGACCUAUGACACCACAAAAACAAGAGACACGGAAUAACCUAGUAACACCCUGGCAACAAUGUAAAAAACACAGAAACACCCUAGAAACAAUUCAGAACACACUAGACUCCCUACCAAUAAACUUACAGUAACUACAGUAACAGUCCAGCAGCCCACAAACACCAUAGCAAUAUCCAAACACCUUAGAAACACCAUGACAAAAAGCAAUACAGAUUAACCUAGAAUAACCCUCGCAACAGCCCAAAAUACCACAAUAACACUUGAGCAACAACAGAGGACACCAUCAAAACACCCUAUCAACAACCCCAAACACCUUAGCAACGUUGUAAAAAAAAAACAACCUAGCAACAACUACUAGAGACCUAGCAACAACAACUAGAGACACAAUUACAAAACCUUAGAAACACACUAGACACCAAACCUAUGACGUGACAUGUCACACUAAAUCUCAAACAACCUACCAACAAUCUAACAACA